AUGACUUUUGAUCAGGUUUCAAACAAUUAUCUUGUUCAACUAGCUUCGCGGAGUGAAGAAUUCAUUCUUCCAUGUUUAUUAUUAAUUGGUACAACUUGUAAUACUCUAACAUUUAUUGUUAUGAGACGUGGCCGUAUGCGACAUUCAUCUUCAUGUUUUUAUAUGGCUGCUUUGGCUAUGGCUGAUACGUUUGUUCUGUGGAUCGGCUGUCUGAAUCGAUGGUUGGAACUAAUUGAUAAACAACGGCCAAUUCUCGCGUGUAAUCUCUGCUGCAAAUUUGGUACAUUCGCAUUCUUUUUCUUUGCUGAUUGCAGUGUAUGGAUAACCGUGGCAAUGACCUUCGAACGAUAUAUCGCUGUUUCCCAGCCACUUCGUGCUAGUCAAAUCUGUACAAUCAAACGAGCACGGUACAUGCUUUUGCUCGUCCUGACAAUUUUCUUCUUCAUCAAUGCACAUUUCCUAUGGACAUUUCAUUUAUCCCCAAGUCGUUCGCAUUGUAUCCCAUUGAAUGAUGAGUCUUUAUUCUUGAAAUAUUUUACAUGGUUUGAUUCGUUUAAGUACUCAUUUUGUCCAUUUACAGUUCUCAUAACAUUGAACAUUUUGAUUAUCAAAAGUUUACUCAACGCUCGAAAUACAACGAAAUUAUUGGAACAACAAGCGACUUAUGUGAAGAAGACGAUCGAUACAAAGUCAUCGAUCUCGUUUUCGUCAACAUCAACGAACAAUAGUGGAACUACCUUGAUGAAAAAAUCGACAACUAAACAGACGCAACAUGUCUCAACCAAAGCAUUAGCCUACCGACGUGUGAAUCGUCGUUUGACAACAAUGUUAUUGACAGUAUCCUUUGCUUUUUGUAUUUGUUCAAUGCCCAUUUCGAUAAUGCAAAUAAUCGAUGCAAUCUAUUCGGAUAUUAAUCAACGUUCAUUCACCCUGAAUGUAACUAUAACCAUUGGAAAAAUCAUCGCCGAAAUAUCUCAAUACAUUAACCAUUCAUCCAACUUUUUUCUCUAUGCAUUUACGGGUCGAGUGUUUCGUCACGAACUCCAGCGAUUGUUUACGUGUCAACACAAUCGAUUCUUUUCGUCAUCAUCGCAACGUUUACGACAUCGAGCGCAGAAAUUACUAACAAACUACAAUCCAGCACAAGGUGUCCACGAACAUUUCUACGCCCAUGGAAAAUGUCAUACAAGAAUACUAGUUGCACCUAAACAUCUGCUAUCUUUACCUACAAAUGCCGAUACUUAUCGACAAAGUAUGUGUAGUACUUAUUCAUUAUCACAAAUUCCAAUUACAAGACAAAAUUCACCAUAUCAUCAGCUGCCGAUGCCAUUGCAAACGACAUCAUCACUCAUGCUGUUGGAACCAUCAUUAACAAUGAAAUCAAAGGCAACACUUACUUCAUUGAUUGAAAAACUUAAGCAUGAACAAGAAGAACCCUUGUUACCUUCGAAGGAUAUACAACCAUAUGGUUUUAUCGAUACGAUUUCAAGUUCAUAG